AUGUGGAUCAAAACCAAGGGGAAAAUUGCGAUAAAGUUUUUUAGAAACAUUUUUGGCAGAGGAAAGAAUAGUCCACGCGAGUUGGAACUUUCAAACUUUAUCCUUGGACCAACCGUGGGAACUGGUUCCUACGCCACCGUAUGUCUUGCCGCCCUCAGAGGGGAUACGUUUGCGCAAACGGAUGAUGGAAAUUCUGCAAGCUCUCUCUUGUGUGGAUCCAGCAGUUCCGACCUAUUUUCUACAAAUGGAGUAGGUAUGGGAGAUGUAAAGAAUGGAAAAGAUGAGCAUUAUGCCAAGCUGAGCCAUAUUGUGGAUCAUCAUGAUGGUAGAAGAUAUGGGUACAGAAAUGGUCUGCACGGGGAGUCAAUAGGGGAUUCGGAAUGGCAAUCUGCACGAAACAGUAGUGCAUCGGAUAUUAUGAACCUCUCUCCAAGCUGUAAUGAGUCAUACACCAGUCCAUUGCAGGGGUACACCAAUUUGAACCAGGAAGACAACACAUCACAAUCGAACGACUUCUCACCUGCCCUCUUUACAUGCGCGCUGAAAAUACUUCAUAAGCGCAAAAUAGUCAAUGACCGUCAAACCAAGCAUCUGCUAAACGAAAAGAGGAUACUGGAAAGCAUAAACCACCCAUUCAUUGUGCAUUAUUUGGGAAGUUUUCAGGACCCUAUCAAUGUCUAUCUCAUUCUGGAAUACGUUCCUGGAGGUGAACUAUUCACAUAUUUGCGAAGAUCAACCUUGGACUUGUACACGACACAAUUUUACGCCUCAGAGAUACUCUCUGCCCUGGACUUUUUGCAUAGUCGCUCCAUUGUAUACAGGGAUUUGAAACCCGAAAACAUUCUGCUGGAUGCACAAGGACAUAUACGUCUGGUCGAUUUUGGUUUCGCCAAGAGGAUUAGGAACAAGACCUUUACAAUUUGUGGAACCCACGAAUACUUGGCACCCGAAAUCUUUCUACGCAAAGGUCACGACAAGUCUGUGGAUUUGUGGUCACUUGGAGUCCUAAUUUACGAAAUGCUGGUGGGAGAGGCACCAUUUUAUGACAAGGACCCACAGAGGACAUAUAGGAAGGCGCUGGAAAACAAGAUUUACUUUCCACCAUACAUUUCAGAAUCCGCAAGAUCCAUUGUCGAGGCUCUUUUGCGAGUCGAUCCAACUCUUCGGUUGGGGAGCAGAGGAAUGGCAGAGGUUUGGUCACACGCCUUUUUUAGAAGCACAAAGUUUUUCGGCCAAUCUGCACCAAUUAAACCAGUCAUUAAUGGGAUUUGGGACACUGGAAACUUUUUGGAAUACCCAGAGGUCUGGAGGAGGUAUCACGAACGGGUCACCAAGGUGGAACAGGAACGAUUUUUUUCAGAAUUUUAA